AUGGUCAAAGAAAAUGUUCUCGGGGAAGGAAUCUGGCUUUCGUUAUGUAUCAGAACAGGUGUCAUUCUAGGAAAUGAGCUAAAUAUCCCAGAGCGACACGGUACAAAUCAUUGUUACCAACUUAACAGGUUUCACUGCAGCUACGAGGAAGCAGAAAAUCACUGUCAUGUCCAGGGGGGACACCUUGCUUACACUUGGAACCUGGAAGUUCAGAAUCUUCUCUGGGACUCUCUAGAGGAAGGGAGUAAGUGGUGGAUUGGGCAAAAUCUAAAGCACCUGGGCAAACAUCAAGAGAAAAACAACCUGGCAGGUAUCGUGGGUCCCCGGCCCCUGGAGCUGCCCAGCUGCACUUACAUGUCCAGAAAUUCCAACUGGAUCUCAUCAAAAGUGGACUUGUGCCCCCUGGAACAUUCUUUCAUUUGCCAGGCUGAUGCCUUUCCAGACCAAGACGAAAGACAUGGAAUGAAUUCUCAUUUACACGGGAGACCCGAGAAGACAAGAGGAGAAGUCCCAAUAAUGAGAAGCAAAAGGACCGCAGCCGCUUACCCUGCAGCCGCCUGUCACCGCCCCGCUCGCACUAAUCUUUCCAAGAUCCUGUGUCUUCCCAUCAGCCCAUUUCCUUCAGCACUCCCCACAGUCACACGGCGGGUCAUGGCAGUGACCUCAAUGCCUACCAGCCAGCCUUUCCCUGGCACGCUGGAGCUCACCAGACCGGAGCUUGAAACACAGUCCGGGCAAGCUGUGGUCGAGGUGACCUCAAGCCGCAGAGAGGACUCCCAGGCAGAGGUCUUUACCACUAACCUACAGAUGUCACUUCAGGACGCAUCUGAUCAGGUCAUAAACAAGAAAGCAGGGAACAUGAGCAAAGUGAUUUAUGGUUUACAAACUCACAACAAACUACAGACAGCUUGUGAAAUGCUCCAGAAACUGACAGCCUUUAUCCCAGGAAUUUCUAAGUCAGCUCAGGUCAGUGUCCUCAGUCCACUUGGUGACCCGAAUGGGCAGUUACCUGGGAGCGCAUAUGAGAGCAACAGCAGUCUGGGCUUCGAAAACCCCAUGACUGUCUGCCUCAUUCACUCCCUUGACGAUGUCGUGGAAGCUGGUGAAGCCAGUCUGCAAAGAUCCAAGCAUGACAUUGAGCAGGUAGAAAAUAUGCUGGAAAUGGCCUUGCUGGCCCUUGGAAAGAUCCAAGAAGUAUUUUUACAGCAGAACCGGGUUUCUGAGUCUUUAGUGACUAUGACCUCUUCCUUUGCUACUCUGAUGCUGAGCAGCCAAAACAUGUCAACCUGGCCUCUGAGCUCCUACAGUCUCUGGUCCCCAGCACCUGUGAGGUUAGUCUUUCCAUCAACCUCAGCUUUGCAAGAGCUCUUGAACAGACACCCGGGAGUUAAUGUCCAAGUAACAGGACUAGCUUUCAAUCCCUUCAGGGAUUUUGAUGACAAGAACAUUGUUGGAAGCAUCGGAAGUGUGUUGCUAAGCUCUAAUCAUAAAUUGUUCCAAGUCGAUGACUUAAUGGAAGAUAUCGAGAUCAUGCUGUGGAGAAAUGUUAGCAUGGAAAGCCAUCACACCAGCGUCAACGUGAGCUCAGAUCAUUUUAUUAUUGUAGUGAACAUCACUUCCCUGGAGAAAUCCCUGAUUGUAUGCAUAGAACCUGAAAGUCGCCUUUUAAUGACACUCUACCUGGGGUUCCAGUAUCAGCCGAACCACACCCACUUUGACCUGAACAUCACCCUUCCAAAGACUCAGGUGUGGCAAAAAGCUGAGGAAUAUACAUGGGUGCUGAGCCCAGAGAGCCUGCGGCACGGGACUGGCACCUACCACGUGAUGGCCACAUGGAAUGAAAGCAAGGAGAGCGCCCAGCAGACGCCCGCCUGGUUCUCGGUGGUGACGGCCGUCACGCAGUGUUAUUUCUGGGACAGCCACAACAGCAUGUGGAAGAGCCGUGGAUGCCACGUUGGGCCACAGAGCAUGGUUUUGAGGACGCAGUGUCUCUGUAACCGCCUGGCCUACUUCGGCAGCAACUUCUUCAUUGUGCCUCGGACCGUGAACAUUAAGGACACGAUCAAGCUGUUCCUUCACGUGACCAACAACCCUGUUGGGGUGUCUUUGCUGGCCAGCCUUUUAGGAUUCUAUAUACUCACGUGUGUGUGGGCUUGGAGAAAGGAUCAAGCAGACAUGCAGAAGAUGCCUAAAGCUGGGAGGGCAAUGACUGAGAUGACUUCAGCUCUUGAGGAUGAAGGCGGCUGUCAUGUUCUUCUUCCAGUGGGUCCGUUUCCUGUGACCUGGUCCCAGCUGCUCACCAGCGUCCAAACUGCUGUCCUCCUCUUCCCCGUCAAUCUUGUAAUUGGGCGCCUCUUCCCGCUGAUCCAGCCACACGAACCCCUGCCUCCCUUUCCUCCCAGACAAGCCUCCUGCCUCCCAGAGGCUCCUUUUGAGCCUCUGUCUCUCACAGAGGUGGCUGAGGAAUUGAAGGAAACGGUGGGAUUCCUGCUCAGGAGAAACACCUACCAACUCCCGGAGUGGGAACAAUCUUUAUGGGCGUCUCACAGCAUUAACAAGAUGGCACAGCUUUUAGCCAGCCUCGUCUCUUCUCACUUGGAGGGUCCCGGCUCUCCUCAGCGGGCAGGACCCCAUCCGGCAAAUGUGGUUCCUGAAAGCCACCAUCGUCUGUCCCGUUACCUGCUCGGAGUUCUGCAGCGGCUGCAGUCGCAUUUACGCGCCCUGGGUCCCCCCCAGGCCGACCGGCCUCGUGACGUCCUCUAUGCCACCGACCGACUGCAAAAACUCAAGGAGCUCUCGGAAACACGUAUUCUUCCCACAGAGCAGGGGCCCUCCAGGGAGGCCACCAGUUUCCCCAUCCUGAGCCCAGAAGAAGGGAGGAAGCCCAUGGCUCACGGCCUGCGCCGAGGGUUGACUUACCUCUGCUGGCUCUUCCUGGGCGUCGCUAGCCCGGCUGCAGCCUUUUUUACUGCACUUUAUAGCUUGGAACUGACCAGAGAGCAGGCCACCAGCUGGGGCAUGUCAGUGAUGUUAUCCGUGCUUCACAACCUCGUCAUCAGCCAGCACGUCAAGGCGAUCUUUCUCGCAUUGUUCCUCUCCCUGAUGCUGAACUGGAUGCCGUGGCUUUCCAAAGAGAACGAACAACAAACAGGGAGGAUCUUGGCACUCUUGGCAAAAUGUCCACCGUUACGUUCAAGAGAUAAAAACAACCCCAUCUAUGUAGCUCCAGUUUUCAACAGUCUGGUUCAACGCCCAGAAAGAACCUUGAAAGAGAAGAAGCUUUUCAAGCUGGCAGGAGAUAUUUUGGUUCAAAUCCUCUUCCUUACCUUGUUGAUGACUACAGUCUACUCAGCACAGAACUCGAAUAGGUUUUACCUCCAUCAAGCGAUCCAGAGGAGCUUUUCCCAUCGUCUCUCAGAGAUCAGACUUCCAAAGCAUUUCUACCUGUGGGCCAAUCGCACCCUCCUUCCCAACCUGUACGGAGAUUACAGAGGAUUUAUUGCUGAUGGGAACUCCUUUCUUCUGGGCAAUGUUCUGCUUCGUCAGAUUCGCAUUCCUAGUGCCGUACUCCUUCCAACUGGAGUGUCUCCCCAAGAACAAGCGAAGCCAUCUCCCCAAGAUCAGGAGGAUACAGAGAACUAUGGAGUAAACUGGGGCCCACCUGAUACAAACGUCACAAAAUCAGAGAGCAUUUGGCAUUAUCAGAAUCAAGAGAUAGCGGGGGGCUGUCCUGUCCAAGGGGAAUUUGCCACUUACUCAGGAGGAGGGUAUGUUGUGAGACUUGAAAGAAGCUCCCGUACUGCUAUCAGAGUUCUGCAGCAUCUUGAACAGAGCCACUGGCUUGACCAUUGCACCAAAAGCCUCUUUGUGGAAUUUGUGGUCUUCAAUGCUAACGUGAACCUAUUCUGUGUAGUGACUCUGAUUUUGGAGUCCAACAAUGCAGGUGCGUUCUUCCCCUCACUGAGGCUGGACACUUUAACUUCCCUUCAGGCAUCAAAGAAGGACUUUGCCUGGUCUUUCAUCUCGCAAGUUAUCUAUUACCUACUAGUCUGUUACUAUGCCUUUGUACAGGGUCAUCGGCUGAAACAACAGAGGUGGAGGUUCUUCUCUAGGAAAAGAAACAUUCUGGACGUGAGCAUAAUCCUCAUUAGCUUUGUCCUCCUGGGUCUUUACAUGAAGCGUACUUCUCUGCAUAAGAAAAACAUGGCGCAAUACCACUAUGACCGGGACAGGUUCAUCAGCUUCUAUGGGGCAGUGAAAGUAAACUCAGCCAUCGUUCACCUCAUGGGCUUCCUGGUCCUGUUGGCAGCUAUUCAGCUUUGGAACCUGUGGCACCAUAACCUCAGGCUGCAGGUCAUCGGGAGGACACUGGGCAAAGCCUGGGACGAGGUGGUGGGCUUCUUGCUGGUCAUCCUGAUCCUGCUCACAGGCUGUGCCACUGCUUUUAACCUGCUGUUUGGUUGGAGCAUCUCUGACUACCGAACUUUCUUCAGCUCAGCAGUGACUGUUGUUGGCCUCCUACUGGGACUCUCUCAUCCAGAGGAGGUUAUUGCUUUAGACCCAAUCCUGGGAUCCUUUCUGAUUCUCACCAGUGUGUUCCUGAUGCUACUUGUGAUCAUUAACCUUUUUGUUUCGGUGAUUCUCAUGGCCUUUGGUAACGAAAGAAAAUCCCUUAAGACAACUUUGAAAGAAGAUGGACUGAUAGAGAUAGUGCUACAGAAACUCGCCAGUUUACUAGGAAUCCAGCGGCCCCAGAACACGUGAGCAAACAGCCAUGACAGCAGCGGGCAGGAACACUGCGGCUUUAAAAGAUGGACUGUCUUGGGCGCCUGGGUGGCUCGGUCGGUUAAGUGUCUGCCUUGAGCUCAAGUCAUGAUCCCAGGGUCCUGGGAUUGAGCCCGUCUGGCUCCCUGCAAAGUGGAGAGCUCACUUCUCCCUCUCCCUACCUUUGUAGGGUAUAGUUCAGGAAAUUACUGGUUUAAUACAUUGUUAAUCUUGUAGUCACUGAGGAGUCAAACUCUCCUUGGCAGCAGGUUCUUGGGUUUACGGCCCGCCGUCAGGAAGGGGUUAACACCACCAGAGCGAUACAGGGUAAUCCAGCUCUGCGGCCAAAAAGCAAGAAACACUCACCACUACUGUUUUCAGCGUGGCUGUGGGAAAUACGUAGGAGUCCGAGGUGAGCUCACUGCAGCUCAUUAAAAUCAAAGAUACAAGUGUGAGGUUUGGCUAACGGGCAGCCCUGUCCCCGAGGACUAAACAAGCAAACUCAAAAAUGUUCCCUGGGCUUAAAUACAGAACUAGAAAUGGACUCG